AUGAAUGCGAAUUCCUCUGCUGCACUUCCUUUGUUGUUGUUGCUGCUGCGGCUGCCUGCUGUUAUAGCUGAUGCUGCUGCCGCUAGUACUGUUGCUGAUACUGCUACUACUGUUGCUGUUGCUGCCGCUGUUGCAGCUGCUACUACUGUUGCCGCUAUUGUCUUUUUUACCGCUGCAACUGCUGGCUUCUUGGUGUUAUUGGUGCUACCAUUGUCGUUCCUGCCUUGGUGUUGCUAUUACGCCGCGGUUACUGCUGCUAUCACUGCAACCGCUAACAUAAAUGUUCUGCUGCUAAUGCUGUUGCCGCUGCCAUUUCCUGUUGCUGCUGUCUGCUUUGCUUCCCUGCUACUACUAUUGCUGCCGAUGUUGCUGCUAUUGUUGCACAACGGUGACAUAUAG